AUGCCCUCUACAGUUCCCUGCGAUCUCACAACAGCCGAAGACAGUGGCGAUAAGGACGAAUUUGACGAUGGCGUGAAGCCGCUGGUUAUCAGUGGUGAUGGUUUGUGUGUAAAACCCGAUGAGCCAAAACUGAAGGGCGAAACGCAAUCCAAAAAACGACGGCGCGCGGGUGAGCUGGACGAGAUGGGGGAAGCUGUGCAGGCUGAGUCAGCAUGCUUGCAUGCUGAGUCAGCGGCCGCCCUGGAUAAGGUAAAGACAAGGCCUGGCGAAGACGGUAGCUGCGAAGCCCCUGUGGCGAGGGCGGAGGGGAAUGCAGAGAGCAGAAAGGAGAGCGAUAAGCAGGUAAAGGCAAAUCGAGACCAGAUAGAGGGGAACGAGGGGGGGGACGGUAGUCCACCUGCUGCUCUUCCCUUAUGUAGCCUGCUAGCUUGCAGCUCGACUGGCAGUAAGCGGAAGGAGAAGCGCCAGGAAGAACAGGGCGCACGCGAAAUCACUGAAACGGAUGCUUCUGGUCGUGCUCGCGUUAGUCACAACGGCUACAAUCACAACAGACGCAGUCACAGAUUUACUGACGCAAAUGAUGGCAAGGAGAAGGUGGUCGGCGACGAGCCCAAGGGACCUGCUGCGCUUGGCGUGACUAUCGCUGCUGCUCCUGCUGCUGUUCCUGCUGGUGCUUCUGCUAUGGAGAAGCCCCUUGUGGGUCGCAGCCGAAGAAUGAGCGCGAAACGACACAAGGGGGUGCUGAAGAUCCUGGACGAGCUUGAAGCCACCAUCGUCAAAGGCACAGUGAAAACCGCUACCGAUGUGACUUUCCCUGCCAAGGCAUGCGUUACUGGGAAGGGUAAAGAUUGUGGGGCAGUAGAUGCAAGACAGGCUCUUCAUGUACUGUCACCCAACCACGAUGUGGCACUGCCUGCUGCUCCUACUGAUGCUGCUGCUGCAGCUGGUGGUGCUGCUACUGGCGCUUCUGCUGCUGCUGCUGUUGUUGAUCUAGAUUCAUUCAAAGCCUGCCCGCCACACCAGAGCUCUCUGGGCCUUUCCAGGGAUCAAGAGGAGCAGCAGAAGCAGGGGAUUGGCAUGCUAGGUGCUGAGGCGGAGGCUUGCGCAUGGGCGAUGGGGAUGGUGAAUGGAGGGGUGGAAGAAGAGGAAGAUUCGCUAGAGAUGGGAGGGAUGGAUGGGAUGGACAUGGGAGAGGGAGGCAUGAAAAGAGUGUUGCUGGGGGAAGAAGUGGAAGGAGAUGAGGUAGAGGGGGUGGAAGAAGUGGAUUCGCAGAGGAACUGUGGGGAGAGGAGUGGGAAAGGCGGUGAUGGGCUGGGGUUGAAGGAGGAGGUUUCCGGUUUGGAGGGUUGUUGUGCUAACGUUGUGAGGGGUUGUGGCGAAGGAAUGGCUGGAGAGGGCAUGAGGGAAAAUAUGGAGCAGCAGCAGUUGCGGCAGAAUGAGGAGCAGCAGCAACAAAGACAGCAUGAGGAGGAGGAGCAGCAGAAGCAGCAGUACGAGGAGCAGCAGAGGCGGCAGCAUCUUCAGCAGCAGCAGCAGCUCCAGCAGCAGCAGCAGCAGCAGCAGCAGGAGAUGGAAGAGUUCCUUUCUGAAAUAAAUGCCAUGGCGGUGGAGGAGGAGCAACAACAGCAGGGUGGCAGAACAAGCAAGGAAGCACAGGGUAGUGAUGCACACGAGGAGGGCCGUGGUUGUAGAGACAGGGCAUGGGAGGCGACGUUCAGUGCUGUCAACGCGCGUGGCAUCGCGACAGUGCAGCAUCAAAAGGUGCUGCGUGUUCGCAUGCGCGCCCAACCCCACCGCCCUGUGCAAGUGCUUCUCCGUGACGACUGGCUAGACGUGCCUGUGUCAGCCGGUGACACUGUGGCGCUCAUCGGCGGGCAACCCCAGACUAAAGAGCAGGCAGCAGGAGCAGGGGCAGCAGCAGAGGAAGGGGAAGAGGAGAGGGCGGUGAUUGUGGACGUUAACAACGGCAUGCUCAUCCUGCAUCCAGAUGUCCUUAUCUCUGGCUCUCGGGUGGGGGGCAGCUUUGCGUGUGGGCGGAGGGCGGUGCUGGAGGAGAGAGUGCGGCAGAGGGACGUCACUGCGCCAGCCCUGCGAGGGACAAUGCUGCAUCAGCUGGUGCAGGUGGCACUGCAGCACGAGGCAGGAGCAUCACUAGCAGCACAGCACCUGGAGGAGGCAGCAGUAGCCAUCAGCCAGUCGCACACAGACACGCUUUUUGCACUUGCGAAGGACGAAGCGUGGGCAUUGCAGCAGCUGCAGGAGGCGGUUCCCACUGUGCUCUCCUGGGUGCACCAGUUCCUCUACCCCAAGUCUAGCGCCCUGGCGGCUGUACCAUUUGGCAAUAGAGGCGAGCAGCGGCACAUGCGACUGGCCAAGGUGGUGGACAUAGAGGAGACCGUGUGGAGCCCGAGGCUGGGCCUCAAAGGGCGUCUGGACGUGUCAGUGCGUGUGGCAGUGCGCAACAAGGGAAAGGAAGUGGCGGGUGUGGGGGGAAGGAUGGGGGGCCAGCAGGGAGCGCGGGCAGGAGCGGGGAGGUGGAAGGGGAAAGCGAGUGGCGGGAGUGGGAAGGGAGGGGAUGCGGAGGGGGAGGAGAUGGUGAUGAUGCCUCUGGAGGUGAAGACUGGGAGGAGUAGCUCCAACCAGGGCGCAGGUGAUGCUGUACUGCCUGCUCAUGGCAGAGCGAGCGCUACCAGCCAACCUGGGCGCAUCCCUUGCCCUUGCCCUUACUGUUACCACGUAAACGCCUCCCCCCCCUCUUCACCCCCGCCUGCCUCUCUUAAACUGCCCCCUCCAGGCGGCCAUAGAGCACAGGGCGCAGGUGCUGCUGUACUGCCUGCUCAUGGCAGAGCGGCAGCCAUGGAGCAAAGGGCGCAGGUGAUGCUGUACUGCCUGCUCAUGGCAGAGCGAGCGCUACCAGCCAACCUGGGCGCAUCCCUUGCCCUUGCCCUUGUCCUUACUGUUGCCACACAAACACACCCUCCUCCCGCUCCCUCCCAGGCGGCCAUAGAGCACAGGGCGCAGGUGAUGCUUUACUGCCUGCUCAUGGCAGAGCGGUACCAGCAGGGCGUGAGUACAGGGCUGCUGCUCAACCUGCACAACAGCACCACCACCGUGAGUGGCAGGGGUGAAUGUGAGAGGCAUCGAGAGCAUGCCAGCAGGGGUGAUUCCAGGGCUGGUGCUGCUCAGCCUGAAGAACUCAGCACCAUGGAGCAUGUGGGCAUUCAAGUGAGUCGCAGGGAGCUGGUGGGCUUGAUCAUCCGGCGGAACAUCCUGGCCAACGACUUGAAAAGAGUUUCGGCGUAUCAGGAGCUGCCACCUGUCCUCGAGAGUGUGAACCAGUGCAACAACUGCAGCCAAUUCGACGUGUGCUCGUCAUACUUCAAGGACCACACAUACCCUGCCUCUGACCCUUCAGCGUUUGCAGAGGAGGUGGCAAAGAGGCGGGGCGAGGAGUGGGACGUGAAGGAUGCGCAGUUCUUGAGUCACUGGGAGCGACUGGUGGAUAUGGAGACGAACAGUGCAGUUGCCUCUCAUGCUGACAUCUGGGCCAUGCCCACAGAGGAGCGAGAGGCCACCGGGCGCUGCAUUGGUCCCCUGCAGCUCGCCUCAAUCAAACCACCUGAAGGAGUGCUAGAAGCAGCAGCAGAUGCAAGAGAAGGUGGAGCAGGAGCAGGAGCAGGAGGAGCGGGAGCAGGGGUGGGGACGGCAGGAGGGGGUGGGUGUACUCAAAUAGUGGGCACGGCGGCAGCUGCUGUGUUGGCGGAUGGGCGGAUAGGGCAGUCGAGGGACCAGUGGGAGUAUACGUUCAAGCGAGCCUGGAGCAUACAGAACUGCAGCAGCAGUGGUGGUGGUGGUGGUGCUGCUGGUGGUGGUGGUGGGGGGAGUCAGAGUGGGAGUGGAAGGUUGGACCAGACAGGCUUUGCUGCUGGAGACUAUGUGAUCUUGAGCACCGUAUCAGGGCAGGCUGGAGUGGCCACGGCCACCAUCACUGCUGUCACACCCCAUAACAUCACCAUGAGAGCUCACCGCCAGUUACGGCUGCCCAGUCGAAGCGGAGCAGCAGGGGCCGAGGGAGAGGAGAGGCGGGUGUGGAGUGAGAGGUGGCGCGUGGACAAGGAUGAGAUGGCGGGAGCGGGAGGCGGGCAGCUGAGGUUCAACCUUGUUGGGCUGUUCCUCCCCUCGCUUGAGAAUGACCGCCGGAGACGGCUGGUGGUGCAUCUGGAGCCCCCGCAGUUCUCCCCUCCUGAAGACAUCCAUCCGGACAGCAUGGCGUAUGUCUCCUCCCUAUCGCCCCGAGAGAUCAACGACGAUCAGAAGCAGGCAGUCAUCAAGGCCAUGUCAGCACAAGACUAUUUGGUGGUGCAAGGCGGACCUGGUGCGGGCAAGAGCACGGCGGUGGUGCAUCUGGUGAAGGCGUUAGCUGCGGGAGGGCGGUCGGUGCUGGUGGCUGCUCACACCAACACGGCUGUAGACCACAUCCUGCUGAAGCUCAUGAAAAAGGGAGUGUCGGUGCUGCGAGUGGGGAGGCCUGCAGCUGUGCACCCGGACCUUCUGCCAUACACUCUCAAUGAUAGAGGGGGGGGCAUGGACGUGGGCAGUGUAGCGGGCAUGGAGGCAGUAGGCCUGGGCGCAUCAGUGGCGGGGUGCACGUGCCUGGGCGUGGGGCAGUCGCUCUUUGCCCGCAAGCGCUUCGACGUGGCUAUACUGGACGAAGCAGGGCAGACCACCCUGCCGGAGGCCCUCGGCCCGUUACGCCUGGCGUCAACCUUCGUGCUGCUGGGAGAUCUGCACCAGCUGCCUCCUCUUGUUCGGCACCCCAGGGCGCAGCAGCAGAAGCUGGGCAGUGCAACAUCUGAGUCUACUGCAGAGGACCCCAGGGCACGGCAGCAGGGGCUGGGGGUGAGUCUGCUGCAGAGGCUGGCGGAGGCGCAUCCAGAGGCAGUGGCGCAUCUGAGCACGCAGUACCGCAUGUGCCGCCCCGUCAUGGCCCUCGCUAACGCGCUCGUGUAUGAGGGGCGCCUGCAGUGCGGGUCCGAGGCUGUCAGCAACGCCCGGCUGGUCCUGCCGAAGCUGGACUCGCUCCUGGGCAUGGGGAAGGGGGGUCUGCCGCUGUGGCUGCAGCAGGUGAUUGAUCCGGAGAAACGGCUGCUCUUCCUUGACACAGCCAAGGUGGAGGGCACGCAGGAAACACGGGAGAAGGAGUCGACAUGCAACGAGGGCGAGGCAGCGAUAUUGGCGUGGAUAGUGGCCUCCCUGGUACCGGCAGCGCUGCCUGCGUGUGACAUUGGCGUGGCCACGGUGUACAAGGCACAAGUCAAGGCACAGAGAGCUGCUCUUACCCUCACUUCUCUCGCCAACAGCCCUCUAUCUCUCGCUCUCUUUCUCACUUCCCACUUUCCUACCUUCCGGCUUUUCUUGUUCCCCCUCUUCCCCUCAUCAGCCGAGGUGGAAGGAAUCCAAGAAACCCGGGAGAAGGAGUCAACGUGCAACGAGGGCGAGGCAGCGAUCGUAGCGCGGAUAGUGGCCUCCCUAAUAGCAGCAGGGCUGCCUGCGCGUGACAUUGGCGUGGCCACGGUGUACAACGCGCAAGUCAAGGCACAGAGAGCUGCUCUGGCAAGGGUCCUGGGGCAAGGGGGAGGGGGAGGAGGGAGCGGCGGUGUGGGUGUGGGGGAAGAGGGCGUCAAGGGGGCGUGGGUUAACGGAGGGGGUGGGAAAGUGGACGCAAAGGGGGGUGUGGCAGCGGGAAGGGAGGGUGGCGUUUGUGGGCAAGUGGGUGGGGAAGUGGAGGUGGAUACAGUGGAUCGGUUUCAAGGGCGGGACAAGGCGUGUGUGGUGUUCAGCACGGUGCGGUGCAACCGGCGCGGGCAGCUGGGGCCUGUACUGGCAGAUGCAAGCCGCUGCAACGUCGCCAUCACACGAGCUAAGGGCCAUUUGGAGCCUGUGCUGGCGGGUGCAAGCCGCUGCAACGGUGCCAUCACAUGA